UGAACUUAUUUAUUUACUUUUUUCGCCUGAACGAACGAGCCUUGAAAACGUCAUUCUGACGUACAAAAAUAGCCAAUCAAAUUGUUGCUCACGGUGACGUAAGGAGGCAGGAAGUUGUCCUGGAGAUAGAGGUUUCUGCAACUAUGUGGCCAGUAAUCUGGACUGCAGCGCGCACUUAUGCGCCCUAUGUGACCUUCCCAGUGGCCUUUGUGGUGGGAGCUGUUGGAUACCACCUUGAGUGGUUUAUUCGGGGAACUCCUAAUGCCCCAGGAGAAGAGAGGGGCAUUGCGGAGCAACGGGAGGAUAGGAAAUUAGAGGAACUGACCGGUCAGGACAGCACACAGGUCCUCAGCCUGAAGGACAAACUGGAAUUCACACCAAGGGCAGUGCUGGAAAGAAACCGACCGGAGAAGAGCUAAGUUUUAUUAAAUGUCCUGAAGUCCUGCAAGAUUACCAUAUAAUGAUGUGAAACUUCUCAGGCUUUGCGCUCUUUUGUGACACUCAACGGCCCCAGGGACAGAAACUUUAUCAGAAAACUUUUUUUUUUUUUUUUUUGUGGGAUUUCAUGUCCAUUCCUAUGCCACUGCAUUCAGCCACCCUAAUUACACAGAGUCUUGCUGUAAUAUUUAGCAGGCCAGCUUGUGGAACUUGGCUGCUGAGAGAAUUUUAAAAAAACUUUCUUUCUUUGAGAAUUCUCAAUAUUCAUCUUUUGCCUUUAGGCAUCCAGACACAUGACAAUAUUGCACAAGUCCUAACUUGGAAAGCUUUAAUGAGUUUUCCAUUUGUGCUCCCUGUCAUAUGCUUAUGAGACUGAAGCUCAAAGAAAGACCACCUUUGUUAAGUUUUGUGUCUGUGUGAAUAAAAGUGCAUCUAUGCAAGGCAACACUUGAGCGGGACUAGAAAAUGUUUGAGACGUUUGAACUUCAAGUGGCUGAAGUGAUUCAGGACACUCAGAAAUUCAUACAAGCUCUGUCAUUGUUUUUCUUUGCUAAUUAGUAAUAAUGAACAGUGGAUAGUGAGGAAUGAAAGCCAAGUUCCGUGUCUUUUCGGUUCAUGUAAGAGCUCUGCACACACUUUGAAUAUGUGGAUCAGAAGGUUUAGCUUGUAUCUCAAACCAAAAAAUAAAUAAAUAACUUGAAGUAAUGCAUUUA